AUGUCGAUUGACAUCAAAUGCAGCACCUUGUAUGCAGAAACGGCACACCAGCUAUGGGUUGAGCUCGAGCAUCAUCUUGCACAACAAAAUACCCCAAGGAUUUACGAAAUCAAACAAGGAAUUGCUGCCCUGAUGCAGCAACAAGAUUCGGUGAGUUGUUACUUCUCCAAGUUGAAAACACUUCUCGAUGAACUGAUGAACUAUGAAUCCAUCCCUAGCUGUAGUUGUGGUGGCUUGAAAAUAGUGAUCGAAAAUCAACAAAGGGACUGGGUAAUGAAAUUCCUAAUGGGACUCAAUGACUCCUACAAAGGUUUGAAGGCACAGAUAUUGCUCAUUAAACCUUUCCCUAAUUUGAAUGAGGUUUAUUCAAUCAUCCAACAGGAAGAGAAGCGUAGAGAGAUAUCUUCUGACCCUUCUCCCACAGAACCUCUUGCUCUCCUGGUCAAGGAUAACACCAGACAGCUCACACCUUAA